AUGGAACCAUUUGAAACACCGUGUGAGUCCUUGAUUGGCGAUUGGACUGGGCCCGGUUACGACAGAUCUCUCGAUCAUAACCAUCUUCCAAUUGAUGUUGAUGGACAAAGUGGACGAGAUGACCGAGAUCAAACGGGAAAUGAAGCAGAUCUAGAACCAGGAAGACAACUAGAGCCCGCAGAAGAGGGCAAAGAAGCGUCGCAGUUGCACCAAAAACACUUCAUCUUGCUAGCCGACGAGCCUCAGACUUCAGGGUUUCGAUUGUUGCGUCACUUCAGUAUUCUCGGUUUGUUAAGUUUUUCUUCCAUAUGGGGAGUGCUAGCAAGGGAAGGAUUAAUUGCACUGAAUACGUACGAUGGUAUGAGUGUGAGCGCUACCAUUUGGCCGCAAGCUGUUGGUUGUCUCAUUAUCGGAUAUGUUGUGGCAAACAGGGUUCUGUUGGAGCGUUGGUAUCCUCCCAUCUAUAUUGCAUUGGGAACAGGCUUUUGCGGUAGUCUGACCACGUUUUCCACAUUCAUCCUUCAAGUUUUUCAGGCAUACAGCAAUCAGAUACAUUUUAAACGACAUGGUCUUCAAAAUGUCAUGGAUGCCCUAUCGCAGACCGCUUUAACAUUCGGCAUGUCACUUACUGCACUUGCUUUGGGGGGCGCCCUGAAAGAAGUUUUUCCACUUCAGUAUCUUCUUCAUCACUUUGAACGAUUGACUGUACACAAAAGCAUCUUGCGUCACCAAGAUCGUCGUUUGACGGCGGAAGAAAUGGGAAAAGUGAUUGAUGUAGAUACGAGGCUUCCAUACACAACCACUGCAGAUGCAUUCAAUGCAUCGAUUGGAUUCUUUUUUUGGAUUGCGACUGCAGUACUUUGUGGCAUGUAUCCACCAUUCCGUCAUGUCACGUACGCAGUGGUUAUGGGGCCGCCUGGUACAUUUCUACGUUGGUACCUUUCCAGGCUGAACUCCUCAAAAUGGAGCAGGACAUUCCCGCAUUGGCCUGUAGGAACGCUGACUGCAAAUCUACUUGCAACACUUAUAUUAUGCUUUGCUUUCAUCGGUCAAAAUUUCGGUCGCAAUGAUCAUCUGAAUGCACGGGGCUGGCACCCAUCGUCUGAAGCUUGCAAUGCUUUGCAUGGAGUACAAGAAGGCUUUUGUGGAUGUCUGUCCACCAUCAGCACGUUUGCGGUCGAGCUGAGUAACAUCAGACCGAGAAAAUACGCGUUGGGUUAUGCCGCAGGUUCGUACAUUCUUGGAAUUGUCGUGUGUGUGAUUGUGAUUGGUAUACCUUGGUGGACUAUUGGAAUGGAAGGCAGUUGUUCCGCAAGGUAUACAUGA